CAAUAUAUAAAAAGGGACAUUCACUGUUUUUACCCACUGUGCAUAAUGUCAUUCGGCUAACGUCAAACUCACAAAACGACAAGAAAAUAAAAGAUGUAAACAAAUCAACCGGUAUGCAAGGCCUUUUGGUUAUGUGAUAGAAAAGAUUGUGUACCUGUUCCAAUUUUCGGCGGCUGUGUAAUUAAAGUUAAUUUAUACACAAAAACCGAAAACAGAAACAUCCUGCCGAAAACACGAAACACAUGAAUCGAUUACCGUUGCGUGUUCGCGCAUUAUCGGAUCUUUUCCGGAACAAAUCCUUGGAUCCAGUGACUGUUGCUGAACAAUGUUUGAACCAAAUCGAACGCCACAAGCCUCUGAAUGCGUUCGUACGUGUAUCCUCUGCAAAAGCGUUGGCUCAAGCAGAAUGCUCAAGGGAUCGAUAUCAGAACGGCAAAUCGAUAAGUGUCCUCGAUGGUGCAACAAUAGCAGUGAAAGAUAAUUUCUGCACGAAGGACGUUCAUACUACUUGCGCUUCUCGAAUGCUCGAGAAUUUUAUCCCAACAUACGAUGCAACUGUUGUUGAGCGAUUACAGGCACAUGGAGCUAUCCUGCUUGGAAAAACUAAUCUAGAUCAGUUCGGGAUGGGUUCUGGGUGUAUUGAUUCCAUUUUUGGACCAACACGAAACAGCUGGAGUGAAGAUUUGAUCGAUGAUCGUUUUCGGAUAGCCGGUGGAAGUUCGGGAGGAUCGGCUGUGGCAGUGGCUGCUGGUUUAUGCUAUGCUGCCCUGGGUUCCGAUACGGGAGGAUCAACCAGAAAUCCGGCAUCAUAUUGUGGGAUUGUUGGUUUGAAACCGACCUACGGGCUUGUGUCGCGUCAUGGAUUGAUACCGCUGGUUAAUUCGAUGGACGUUCCUGGCAUCAUGACACGAACGGUAGAUGAUUGCAUAGCCGUGCUGAAUGCCAUCGCUGGUCCCGAUAGUCGCGAUUCAACGACGGUUAAGAAACGAUACCAAAGUAUACCGGCGCUUGGGGAGGAAAUUUCUCUGAAAGGAGUACGAAUUGGUAUUCCAAUUGAGUAUCACUGCGAAGGUUUAGAUAAGGAAGUGCUCGAAACAUGGACCAUGGUAGCGGAUAUGCUCGAAUCAGCCGGUGCCACUGUGGAAGCUGUAUCAAUGCCCAAUACGGCAUCGUCAAUAUUCGUUUACUCAAUUCUCAAUCAGUGCGAAGUGGCCAGUAACAUGUCGCGCUACGAUGGAAUAGAAUAUGGCCAUCGAUCUCUGGAGGACACCAGUACCGAACAGCUAUAUGCUCGUAGCCGUGCCGAAGGGUUUAACGGUGUGGUGAAAAAUCGUAUCCUUUCAGGCAAUUACUUCUUGCUGCGCGAGAACUACGAUAAAUAUUUCCAAAAAGCACUGAAGGUACGGAGGCUUAUUACGGACGAUUUCGUCAAAGCGUUCAAACAAGUGGACGUACUUCUCACACCCACCACGCUAAGUGAUGCACCGCUGUACAAAGACUUUGUGCAAAGCAAUAAUCGGGAUCAAUGUGCUGUACAAGACUUUUGCACCCAAUCUGCCAAUAUGGCCGGUAUUCCUGCGCUCUCGAUUCCUGUUCGGCUAUCGUCCCGUCGAUUGCCGAUUAGUUUGCAACUGAUGGGAGACCAUUUUUCGGAGCGAACCCUUGCGACGAUCGCCGGUUGGAUUGAGAAGGAGGUGAAAUUCAUCGCGAAUUACAAUUAGAGGAAAAAUAAAUUACUAGCUUGCAACGAU